AACGGCAAACCCCCCAGCAAAACGCCAACUGAAUUUUCAACAUCUUGCGUCGUCGCUUCACUUUAUUGAUCCGCUCUACCAACAAAAAAGAGGCGACUCGUCGUUACGCUCCCGUGUCGAACCAAGGCGUGUGUGCAUAGUUACCGUGUGUGUACUUCGAUUCGGAAAUACCGUUUCUGGCUGACCAAAACUUCCUCGCCCAGUUUGCAUUAGCAGUAUCAUGUCGUCGACAAACUUUAACGUUGGUGUGGCCGCCGAAUCGAAACCAUCGAGCCGCGUACUGAAACCUCCGGGCGGUGGCCAUUCGGACAUUUUCGGUGCGUCGGACGUGCGACAGAAUCCGCCCCGGCCGAAAAACAACCAGCAAAACUCGUCCAACAUGAACGCGGUGAUGGGCACGAUGGACCCGAACGAAACGCUCGAACCGGGCAAGCGUACCGCGGCUGGUGGCGACAGCAGUGCAUCAUCACCUGCAGCCCAAAAUGGAUCCGCGGCGGCCGCAUCAUCGAAUGGAGCAUCGUCGUCAGGUGGUGGGGAAGCGAACAAGCCAGCGUCGGCCUCGUCGGAACGGGCCCGUGUGCCGCCGGGUGGACACUCGCAAGGUUUCUGGUGAUUUGGUUGGUCAUUGCGAAGCACCACCAACCGCCCCACCACCUGCACCACCACCCUUGCGCACACAUCGAAGCUCGCGCGCAGUUGCAUCGCACCUGCCUACUUUGCAUCGGAACCAAACUCUUCACACACGGGCAUGUGGAUCACCCGCACUCGGCAGAUCUCGACGGCUUUUCUAUGUUUAUACAUCGGUGUGCGUACACACUCUGCUGCUCUGUAGCUUCUCGUACCUCCCGGCGAAGUGUGAGCCAUAUCACCGUGCCUGACCGCGUCGUGGCUCACACACAGGGGGAAUGCUCCAUUUUGUUUGUUAGUGUCUUGUGUACCUUCGAUAUCCUUGAUAGCUUUUAAAGAAACACCUACACACACACACACCACCCCUAUACAACACCCUUCGCUAACCCUUUUUCGUCUCCAUGGGGUCAAAGGGUUAGCAGUACUGCCAAAAAAAAACAAACAAAGACAACACACAAAACCUUUACUUAAAGCCUACUACUAACUAUUACUUUCUAAUAUUGUGUAUUUUGCGUAUGGUAUUAUAACUUCCAACAAAACAACCACAAAAGUGAAGCGUGAGACCGCACGCUGGGGCUACCAUCACUGGCCCAACGAGCGCCGGAAUGGUUGACCCGCGUCCCUCUCUCACUCUCUUACACAAAUGACGGAACAAAUAAAUUAUACAACUACAGCUUAAUUACAAGCCAGCUGCAUACAAAAAACAA